CUAUGGAUUCAGUAAACACGAGUUGAUUAUAAAUUCUAUAAAUCGAACAUGAAAUAAACUAGUUUCUACAUAGACACAACAACUCAAUCAUGAAACCUUCAACCACUCUCUCUUUCAUUUUGGUUCUUCUUGCCACCAUUUCUUGCUCACAAGCAUCAUGUUGUGCCAACAAUUUUCUUCAAUGCCUGUCCCAAAAAUUCAACUACUCUUCCAUUUCCAACAACAUCUACACUCCAAUCAACUCUUCAUACACAUCCAUCUUAAAAAUAACCAUCCAAAAUCCAAGAUUUGACACAAAUUCAACCUCAAAACCGCUCGCAAUCAUCACUCCCGAACACGAAUCCCAGAUCCCGCCACUAAUCCUCUGCGCCAAACGCAGCGGCGUCCAGACCAGAACCCGAAGCGGUGGUCAUGACUUCGAGGGCCUGUCCUAUCAAUCCGAAGUCCCGUUUGUCAUAAUUGAUUUGAUCAAUUUCAGUGACGUUUUGGUUGACGUUGACCGCAAGACUGCCUGCGUCGGAUCUGGCGCAACCAUCGGUUCUUUAUAUUACUCGAUCGCAGCGAAAAGCCCCGUCCUGGGCUUUCCAGCUGGCACUUGUCCCAACGUCGGCAUCGGUGGGCACUUCAGCGGCGGAGGCUACGGCGCAAUGAUGCGGAAACAUGGCCUCGCGGCCGAUCACGUGGUCGACGCCAGAAUAGUCAACGCCAACGGCAGAAUCCUGGACAGAAAGUCAAUGGGCGAGGAUCUGUUUUGGGCAAUCAGAGGCGGCGGUGGGGCCAGCUUCGGCGUGAUUACUGCCUGGAAGGUACAACUGGUGGAUGUUCCAAAAACAGUCACUGUUUUUGGAGUCGGCAGAACUUUGGAACAGAACGUGACUCAGAUCGUUCAUCGCUGGCAACACGUGGCUCCUGAGCUAGACAAAGAUUUGUUCAUCGGAGUCUCGUUAUUAACUGCAAACUCAACUCAAUCCGGCACGAAAUUGACUGUUGUAGCUAAUUUUGCCUCGUUGUUUCUCGGUCGGAUCGACAGACUGCUUCCGUUGAUGAAGGAGAAGUUCCCGGAGUUAGGGCUAACGAGAGAAGACUGCUCGGAAGUGAGCUGGAUACAAGCAAUGGUGUUUAUAAGUGGUUUGCCCGUCGAAACACCGCCGGAGGUUUUACUCAACCGAACCGAUCCCGCGACAAGAAUUCCCUUCAAGGGGAAAUCGAACUACGUGCAACAACCGAUUCCUGAAUCCGGGCUCGAAGGCUUGUGGAGGCGUUUCUUCGAAGAGGAAGGCGCGAAUGCAGCGUUCGCGUUGAAUCCUUACGGUGGAAGAAUGGCAGAGAUCUCAGAAUCCGCCAUUCCGUUUCCCCAUAGGGCGGGAAACCUGUACAAGUUGUUGCAGGUGGUUUUCUGGAGAGAAGACGAGAACGAAGAUUCGGACAGGUAUAUAAAGUGGAAUCGAAGGGUUGAGAGAUACUUGACUCCUUAUGUUUCGAGGAAUCCGAGGGCAGCGUAUUUCAACUACAUAGAUCUUGACCUUGGAGUGAACAGUGUUGUUGGCGAGACGAGUUAUGAGCAAGCUAGCGUUUGGGGUAAAAGAUAUUUCAAGAAUAAUUUUGAUCGUCUUGUUCGGAUUAAGAGUGUGAUUGAUCCCGAGAAUUUCUUCAGGAACGAACAGAGUAUUCCGUCGUUGCACUAAUUGUUGUAAACAAAACAAACAUCUUGAUUUGUGUAUGUUGAUUUGCUUUGCUAUAUUUUGAUGUUUGGAAAAAUGCUUGUAAUAAUUAUUUCAUGUAAAUCAUAGGCCCGCCCACUCACUCGUUCAA